CCAGGAUCGCGGGCCCCGCGCUGGGCAUCCUCCACCCGAGGCGCCGGCCCGCGCCACCCUUCGCCCCGCGCCCGCCGGUGACACAGAGAGGGCCCCAGGAAACUUAUGAAUGUUGAAGGAAGUUCGUCUUUGAAAUUUUGAUAUCGGAGGAAAUCGGCAUUUAUACUCAUCUUUUCUUAAUCUGAGGAGAUUUGUUUUACUUAAACCGUCUUGAUAUUUACAAUGAAUGGACACAGUGAUGAAGAAAGUGUUAGGAACGGCAGCGGAGAGUCAAGUCAGUCAGAAGAUGAUUCUGGGUCAGCAUCAGGCUCUGGAUCUGGCUCGAGUUCUGGCAGCAGCAGUGAUGGAAGCAGCAGCCAGUCUGGGAGCAGCGACUCUGACUCUGGUUCUGACUCAGGAAGUCAAUCGGAGUCUGAAUCAGAUACAUCCCGAGAGAACAAGGUUCAAGCAAAACCACCCAAAGUUGAUGGAGCUGAGUUUUGGAAAUCCAACCCCAGUAUUCUGGCUGUGCAGAGAUCUGCCAUGCUCAGGAAGCAGCCACAGCAGACCCAGCAGCGUGCAGCCUCGUCCAACAGUGGGUCCGAGGAGGACUCCUCUAGCAGCGAAGACUCAGAUGACUCGUCCCGGGACGUCAGGAGGAGAAAGCACAACGAUGAAGACUGGCAGAUGUCUGGGUCUGGAUCUCCAUCUCAGUCUGGUUCAGACUCAGAAUCUGAGGAAGAGAGAGAGAAAAGCAGCUGUGAUGGGACAGAGUCUGAUUAUGAGCCGAAAAACAAAGUCAGAAGCAGAAAGCCUCAGAAUAGAUCUAAGUCAAAAAAUGGGAAAAAAAUUCUUGGACAAAAAAAGCGACAGAUUGAUUCGUCUGAGGAUGAAGAUGACGAAGAUUACGACAAUGACAAACGCAGCUCUCGCCGCCAGGCCACUGUCAACGUGAGCUACAAGGAGGACGAGGAGAUGAAAACUGACUCCGAUGACCUGCUGGAGGUCUGCGGAGAGGACGUCCCACAGACGGAGGACGAGGAGUUCGAGACGAUAGAAAGGUUUAUGGAUUGCAGAGUGGGCCGGAAAGGAGCUACUGGUGCUACUACAACCAUUUAUGCUAUUGAAGCAGAUGGUGACCCAAAUGCAGGAUUUGAAAAAAACAAGGAGCCAGGAGACAUUCAGUAUUUAAUUAAGUGGAAAGGGUGGUCUCACAUCCACAACACGUGGGAGACGGAGGAAACACUGAAGCAGCAGAACGUCAGAGGGAUGAAAAAACUGGAUAAUUAUAAGAAAAAAGAUCAGGAGACAAAACGAUGGCUGAAAAAUGCUUCUCCAGAAGAUGUGGAAUAUUAUAAUUGCCAGCAAGAAUUGACAGAUGAUCUACACAAACAGUAUCAGAUAGUGGAGCGCAUAAUUGCUCAUUCCAAUCAGAAAUCAGCAGCUGGUCUUCCUGAUUAUUAUUGCAAAUGGCAGGGCCUUCCAUACUCUGAAUGCAGCUGGGAGGACGGAGCUCUCAUUUCCAAAAAGUUCCAGACACGCAUCGAUGAAUAUUUUAGCAGGAAUCAGUCAAAAACGACACCUUUUAAAGAUUGCAAAGUAUUGAAACAAAGACCAAGAUUUGUAGCUCUGAAGAAACAGCCAUCCUAUAUUGGAGGACAUGAGGGUUUAGAAUUGAGAGACUAUCAGCUGAAUGGUUUAAACUGGCUUGCUCACUCUUGGUGCAAAGGAAAUAGUUGCAUCCUUGCUGAUGAAAUGGGCCUUGGGAAAACGAUACAGACGAUCUCGUUUUUGAACUACCUGUUCCAUGAGCAUCAGUUGUACGGACCUUUUCUCCUGGUUGUCCCACUCUCCACCCUGACCUCCUGGCAGAGGGAGAUUCAGACGUGGGCGUCUCAGAUGAAUGCUGUAGUUUAUUUAGGUGACAUUAACAGCAGAAACAUGAUAAGAACUCAUGAAUGGAUGCAUCCCCAGACCAAACGGUUAAAAUUUAAUAUACUUUUAACAACGUAUGAAAUUUUAUUGAAGGAUAAGGCAUUCCUUGGUGGUCUGAACUGGGCAUUUAUAGGUGUUGAUGAAGCACAUCGAUUGAAAAAUGAUGAUUCCCUUCUGUAUAAAACUUUAAUUGAUUUUAAAUCUAAUCACCGUCUCCUAAUCACUGGAACUCCUCUACAGAACUCCCUGAAAGAGCUCUGGUCAUUGCUGCAUUUCAUUAUGCCAGAGAAGUUUUCUUCUUGGGAAGACUUUGAAGAAGAACAUGGCAAAGGCAGGGAGUAUGGCUACGCCAGCCUCCACAAGGAGCUCGAGCCCUUUCUGCUACGCAGAGUUAAGAAAGAUGUGGAAAAGUCUCUUCCUGCCAAGGUUGAGCAGAUUUUAAGAAUGGAAAUGAGUGCUUUACAGAAACAAUAUUACAAAUGGAUUUUAACUAGGAAUUACAAAGCCCUCAGCAAAGGUUCCAAGGGCAGUACCUCAGGCUUUUUGAACAUUAUGAUGGAGCUAAAGAAAUGUUGUAACCAUUGCUACCUCAUUAAACCACCAGAUAAUAAUGAAUUCUAUAAUAAACAGGAGGCCUUACAACACUUAAUCCGUAGCAGCGGCAAACUCAUUCUUCUAGACAAGCUGUUGAUUCGACUGAGAGAAAGAGGCAACCGAGUGCUCAUUUUCUCUCAGAUGGUGCGGAUGUUAGAUAUACUUGCAGAAUAUUUGAAGUACCGCCAAUUCCCCUUUCAAAGAUUAGAUGGAUCAAUAAAAGGGGAGCUGAGGAGACAGGCUCUAGAUCAUUUCAAUGCCGAGGGCUCAGAGGACUUCUGCUUUCUGCUGUCCACGCGGGCUGGGGGUUUGGGCAUUAACUUGGCUUCUGCCGACACUGUCGUUAUAUUCGACUCCGACUGGAAUCCACAGAACGAUCUGCAGGCUCAGGCAAGAGCUCAUCGAAUUGGGCAGAAGAAACAGGUGAAUAUAUAUCGCUUGGUUACAAAGGGAUCAGUUGAAGAAGAUAUUCUUGAAAGGGCCAAAAAGAAAAUGGUAUUGGAUCAUCUUGUGAUUCAAAGAAUGGACACCACUGGGAAGACGGUGUUGCACACAGGCUCGGCUCCAUCAAGUUCCACCCCCUUCAAUAAAGAGGAGUUGUCAGCCAUCUUAAAAUUCGGCGCUGAGGAGCUUUUCAAGGAGCCUGAAGGGGAGGAGCAGGAGCCCCAGGAGAUGGAUAUAGAUGAGAUCCUGAAGAGAGCCGAGACUCACGAGAAUGAGGCGGGCCCGCUGACGGUCGGGGACGAGCUGCUCUCCCAGUUUAAGGUUGCCAAUUUUUCAAACAUGGAUGAAGAUGACAUUGAAUUGGAACCUGAAAGAAAUUCAAAGAACUGGGAGGAGAUCAUCCCAGAAGAGCAGAGACGGAGGUUAGAAGAGGAGGAGAGGCAGAAGGAGCUCGAGGAGAUCUACAUGCUCCCGAGAAUGAGGAACUGCGCAAAGCAGAUAAGUUUCAAUGGAAGUGAAGGAAGGCGGAGUAGAAGCAGGAGAUAUUCGGGAUCUGAUAGUGAUUCAAUCUCAGAAAGGAAACGGCCGAAGAAACGUGGGAGACCACGCACCAUCCCUCGGGAGAAUAUUAAAGGAUUUAGUGAUGCAGAAAUUAGGCGGUUUAUCAAGAGCUAUAAGAAAUUCGGUGGCCCUCUGGAGAGGUUAGAUGCGAUUGCUCGAGAUGCUGAAUUGGUUGAUAAGUCAGAAACAGAUCUCAGAAGACUAGGAGAACUGGUACAUAAUGGUUGUGUCAAAGCUUUAAAAGACAGUUCUUCAGGAACAGAGAGAGCAGGUGGCAGACUUGGAAAAGUGAAGGGGCCAACGUUCCGGAUCUCCGGAGUGCAGGUGAACGCCAAGCUGGUGAUUGCGCACGAGGACGAGCUGACUCCGCUGCACAAGUCUGUCCCUUCGGACCCGGAGGAGCGCAAGAGGUAUACAAUCCCAUGCCAUACAAAGGCUGCUCACUUUGAUAUAGACUGGGGCAAAGAAGAUGACUCUAAUUUGCUAAUUGGUAUCUAUGAAUAUGGCUAUGGAAGCUGGGAAAUGAUUAAAAUGGAUCCAGACCUCAGUUUAACACACAAGAUUCUUCCAGAUGAUCCUGAUAAAAAACCACAAGCAAAACAGCUGCAGACGCGCGCCGACUACCUCAUCAAGCUGCUCAGCAGGGGUCUGGCAAAGAAGCAGGCUCAGAGGCCUUCGGGUGCAGGAGGUUCAAAGAGGAGAAAAACAAGAGCUAAAAAGAAUAAAGCAAUGAAGUCCAUCAAAGUAAAAGAGGAGGUGAAGAGCGACUCGUCGCCCCUGCCUUCGGAGCGGUCUGAGGAGGAUGACGAGAAGGUGAACGACGCCAAGCCUGAAAGUAAAGACCGGCCCAAGAAGUCUGUUGCGUCCGACGCUCCUGUCCACAUCACUGCAAGUGGAGAGCCGGUCCCCAUCACUGAGGAGUCCGAGGAGCUGGAUCAGAAGACAUUCAGUAUUUGUAAAGAAAGAAUGAGACCGGUGAAAGCAGCUUUGAAACAGCUUGAUAGGCCUGAGAAAGGCCUGUCAGAAAGAGAGCAGCUGGAGCACACCAGACAGUGCUUAAUCAAGAUCGGAGACCACAUCACCGAGUGCUUGAAGGAGUAUUCCAACCCUGAGCAGAUUAAGCAGUGGAGAAAAAACCUGUGGAUUUUUGUAUCUAAGUUUACUGAGUUUGAUGCAAGGAAAUUACAUAAAUUAUAUAAGCAUGCUAUUAAAAAACGACAAGAAUCUCAGCAAAACAGUGACCAGAAUAGCAAUGUUACUACCACUCAUGUGAUUAGGAAUCCAGAUAUGGAAAGGUUAAAAGAGACUACAAAUCACGAUGACAGUAGCAGGGACAGCUAUUCUUCUGACAGACACUUAUCUCAGUACCAUGACCAUCACAAGGACCGCCAUCAGGGAGACGCUUAUAAAAAGAGCGAGUCUCGGAAGAGACCGUACUCCUCUUUUAGCAACGGCAAAGACCAUCGCGAGUGGGAUCACUACAGGCAGGACAGCAGGUACUAUAGUGACAGAGAGAAACACAGAAAACUGGAUGAGCACAGGAGCCGAGAGCACAGGCCGAGCUUGGAAGGCAGUGUGAAGGACAGGUGUCACUCUGAGCACCGAUCUCACCCGGACCAUCGCUCGGGCCCCGAGCACUCGCAUCACAAAUCCUCCAGGGACUAUAGGUAUCUCUCAGAUUGGCAGCUGGACCACCGAGCUGCCAGCAGCGGCCCUCGGUCACCUUUAGAUCAGAGGGCUCCGUAUGGCUCCAGGUCCCCGUUUGAACAUUCAUCUGAACACAGAAGUACUCCUGAACACACCUGGAGUAGUCGGAAGACAUAACAGAAGCUGAUGACUUUGUCUUUCCGGACGUUGUUUUAGCCAUAGAUCAUAAACCAACACAGUGAUUGCCUUACAUGACUUGAAAGAUUCAAACAGCUCUAAUAGCAGUAGCAGUAUUGUUACUUCUUUCCAGGACGCAAGGUCUAUUAUCCCAACAGAAGAGAAAAUAUUUUUAUAUUUAAGGAUUAUGCUGCACUGUACUGCAAUACUGCAGUACCUUUUUUUUUUCUUUUUUUAAAGAAAUGGAAAAUGUUUACUAUAGCAGGGACCUCAGCACUGCCCUCCGUGUCGGCUGUAUAAAACUGUUUUUACGUCAGUGAUUUUUAGACUGACUCCAUUUAAAUUAUGUUUGUAUAUGAACUUUACUCUGACCUGUGAUCAUGUUUCAGGAAGGAAUGAAAGAGAGGUCUUUUCUUAAUAAAGAAAACUCACUCGAGCUUUGUUCACUUUCCAAAGCUAUUGUUUACAUUGUACACUGCGACCACCUUGCCGCUGCCGUCACAAGCUUGAAUAUUUAAGUCCUGUACUUACGUCUGUAAUAUAGCCGGAGCUUCCUGUUUGUGAUUAUUAUUAUGCCUUUUUACAGAAGAAGAUGGCUGUAAAUUAUUGUAAAUGUAUUAAAUGAGCUUUCCUUCCUUCCCUUCUCAGGCUUCCUUUGACUGUUCCUUUCCCUACCAACUCAGGCCUUCUUAUUAAAAAAAUCAGUGUAAUAACACUUUUUAAUGAUUUGUCUUGAUGAAGUCAUUGUUUAGAAUGUAAAAACGGGGAAAGGGGCCACUUAUUUCUUUUAGUCCUCUUUUUAUAUCGACUAUUUUUGUGUUUGUAGUUUUUCAGAGAAGUGUGAGGGCUCUGCGUGGGAUAUAAACUCGGUGCUCUGGGACGCUUCCAGACGCAUUCGGGUUAAAGGGUAGGUGUGUGAACACUUAAACAAUCCAAAAUGGCCAAAAGUUCUUGUAAAUCCAUUUGUUUUCCCUUUCCUGUGGGCAAUAAUGUCAAAUGUGCUAUGCAGCCAGGUUAACAUUUUAGAUGAACUUGAUUGACUUUUUAAUAUAAAAAACUGUUACAGUGCACACUGAUUGUAUAUAAAAACCUUAUAUAUGACAAAUUAAAUUUUAAGAAAAAGGA